AUUAAAUUGCCAGUGGUUCAUAAUCGUAAACAAAUAUGGUCCCAGUGACAGUGGUGGGAGGUUAUGAGAAAGAAUUCUGCUCGCAGUCGAGGACAUUGGCUGCGUCGACGUAAUCAGACAGCUUCCGUUUGGGGGCGUGACAGAUUGGGCAGGGCUGGAACAGCAUGGGAAGUCUACAGGCAGACAUAGGAGAGUUGGCUCAUCACUUGAAGCAGGAACGAUUAUUCCUGGAGGCAGAGAAGCAUCAAAUACAAUUGUUAAAUGAAAAGGUAAGGAAAACAAUAGAGCGAGCGUACCAUGCUUCAUGGGUGCGGGGAGAGCAGCAAAGAAACUACGAUGACCUUGUACUUCGUCCUCACUCUUCGCCACCUGCGUGCUGCCAGAAGGCAAAUCUCUUAAAUCAGCUCAAGUUCAUUGAUGGAUACAAAGUUCUGGGAUUCAAUGAAUCUCUCUACGGUGAUUUGCUUUCAAGCCUGCGUGAAAACCCAAGACUUGUCGCAAGAUGUCUGGCAAUGGGAGAGAGUCAAAGCCAGGAAGCAAUGCAAGUCACUGCCAGGACAGUAUUUUCUUCCAUUUAUGCCAACUGUGUCCUCCCAGAUGAUGAAACUUACGUCCUCAACUUACUGAAACACUUAAUGGAGUUACAGCUGGCAACUUCAGAGACCCCACGUCGAUUGUUACGUCAUGGCUCUUGUGCUUUCAGCCAGAUAUACCGAGCCUAUGUGGACACGCUUCCCCAAGCCAAGGUGUUCUUGACAGCUGCAUUGCACCAGCCAAUAGUACAGCUACUUAUGGAAGAUGAAUUGUUCCUUGAUAUAGACCCUUCAAAAGCUGCUGUUCGCUUUCCUGCCGAGGAACGUCUCAGAAGGUUUGGUAAAGAAGGAACUCCAGAAUACAAUGCUGCCUUGGCAAAGUAUCGAGCAUGGACUAUUGCCAAGCUUGUCAAAAUUGCUGACAGGUUCAUGGAGAGUAUUAAGGAGGCAAUGAAUUGCUUUCCACCUCAGUUGUCUUGGCUUGUCAGAAUUCUUUAUGAUGUGCUAUUAACAGCAAAGCGAGCAGACACCAGAGAAGUUAGCGCCAUCUGUGUAGAUCUGGUGUUUGCAUUUUUCCUCUGCCCAGCUCUUGUCACACCAGAACCUCAUGGAAUCUGUGAUGCACCAAUCUCCCACAUCUCAAGGUUUAAUCUUAUACAGGUAGCUCAGAUCCUCCAAGUGUUGGCAAUGAGUCGCUGGGAAACUCCUGAUCACAGACUCUCUGAUCUCUACUCGCACUUUGAGAAGGAGGUAAUAUGUGGCGUCGUGGAUGGAAUUCUAGAGAGCGGAGGGUCUGAGGCGCCACCCCCAGGAGUCUCCUGCCUUAACAGCCCACUGAGUACUCUAGUCCGUUCGUCUUGCCUCAUUCCAGAGCCUCGUCUACAUGCACUUGUUGCUUUUAUGUAUACUAUACUGAGUGAACUACCAGAAGAUGAUGAAAUGCGCAAGGAUCUUGAAACAUCCAUUGGCCGCCUCAAGCCGUCACAUCUCUCACCUGCUCCACCAGCCACUUCGGCCUUAUCUACCCCAAACACAGCUAAAAAAAAUUUGUUAGGACGAGUGAAAAGUAACAGGGUCAAGGCUAACAAGAGUCAGAGUGAGGGAAGUGGUGACUCUGAUUCUCUUGGAUCAUUGCAAGAGUCCACAGUUAGCAGUUCCAGCCAUCUACCAGGCCAGAGCAGCAUAGAUGAAGGGGAUGUAAUGCCGCCGCCAUUAGACUAUGACACAGUUUUGGUUAUCUCGCUCAAUACCUCUAGUCCUCCCGAGUGCCCUGGGCUGAUGUCAGAAGAAAAAGUUCUUUCAACAGUGCAGACAAAAUCAACAUCACGUGUGAGAAUGAACGUAGAAGACGAAGGUGAUGGUGGUGGAGGGGAGGCCACUAUAGAAAAAAGGACACGAUUUUCACUUUCCCAUGAUGAAGGCUCAAUUGGCAACACCUCUGAUAAUUUAGAAGCGAUUAGUGAGGCUGCAAGCAAUCACAGUGUUGCGUCAAGCCUAGAUGAUGUUGAGCAGGUAGAGGAUCAACCUGAUAACUUGUCAGACAUGGUGUCGGCAAAUGUGUCAGGCCGGGGAACUCCCAAUGUGUCAGGCCGUGACACUCCCUCAUCACAGGUAACAGAGGGUGAAGAAGCAGGCCUGAGAAGUGGAGAAGAAAACCAGCCCCCUCCACCUAAUGUCCCCGUUACAGUUCCCAAACCAGCAAGAGCAGAUAUUGAGGAAAAAUUUGGACGUUUUGAAAUCAAACCUCUAAUAGGUGGUGAUGAAACUAUAUCUUUAGUGUCUGACACUUGGAGCACUGAUGUCCUAGCUAGUGACUCUGAAACUAUUGAAGCUGCAGACAGAGCAGACCGUGGGGACCAGUUUCAUGAUCAGCUAUUAAAUCGACAUUUAGCAGAAUUAGAUAGAAUGCAAGGAGAUUACCUGAGUGGAGAUGCAACUGGAGAAACUUUUGAAACUGCCUCGGAAGCUUGGAGCACAGAUGUUUUAGCCUCAGACUCUGAGAGAAUGACAGAAUUUGACACCGAUGAUGCACAGAGUGUUGCCCGGUCAGAUGACACGGGCCGAUCAGAAGUUGAAGUGGAGCUGGGUGGAAGCGACUUGCUGAGACGUGAGACUCUACACCAGGAAGAUAUUGUUACACCUCGUGCACAUGGGUCUCGUUCUCCAGUUGAUGCAACAUUGAGUGGGGCCAUGGGAGGAAGCAGCAGUGGAGGAAUACUGAAGCCAAUGCCUGUUUUGCCUUCUUCAUUAACUACAGAUUCUGGUAACAGCAUUCCUAGUGGUAUUCUAAAACCCAUUCCAGUAUUGCAACAUAGAAGUGGCAGACCAGCAACUCCCCCUCGAGUAGAAUUUCAACCUAUCCAUCCUGCUGAAGAAGACCAGUGUCUUAUGGACAGAUUGCCAUCUGACAGAGAAGAGGAAGAGUUGCCACAAGAAGAACAAGAAAUUGCAUCUGCCACACAAUCUUUAGGGCGUUUAAGCCUGAAUCUUUCGACACUCCCCAAUAAUGGCAUUGUAUCAGGUGACCAACAUCUUUUGCUUAAUACUUUUAUUGGUGAUGGUAGUAGGGGAAGAUCCAAUGCUCCUCUUAUGGAUUUGGGUAAUAAUAGUGAAGGGGGACACAUUGUUGUGCAUCCUCAUCAUAAACUUGUGUCCAGUGAUCGUGGCUCAGGAGAGGACAGCAGCUUACAUUUGAGUACAACUAGCUUAGCAUCUUCCAGCAGUUCUGGAUCUGACGUAGUCGGAGGCUCUGGCAAGCUUCGCUCUACCUCUAAUGCUAGUUCUGGACCCACAACAGACUCAAUUGAUACCCCAGAGCCAAGUGCACCAGCUAUCAGUAUGGCAGCCACUGGAGCAAUACCAAAAAGUAUUAGUUUUGAUAAAACGGCUGAAAGAGGGGAUCGUGAUGCUAUUGAUGGUGACGCAAAACAUAAGCGAGGAUUUUUCAAAAAUUUUAAGCUCCCUGGUUUUAAGGGCCGCCGUAAACCUGGAAGUAGGCCUGGUGAUGAUACAGCAUAUAUACGUUCAGGACUUAAUAGCCAAGAUUUGAAUAUAAGACGAGCUUUGUCUGAAGAAAAUCGGCCUCCUACAAUUGAAGAAACAAGCGAUGAUAUUCUGGCAAAAUACAGAAAUAAGAAACCAGAAAUGGAUACUUCAGAAACAGAUGGCAUGGUCUCUACGCAACAUAAUAUACAAGUUAAUGAAAUAGCAAAGACUGAGGAGGACGAAAGACUGUUCAUAGACCCAAGCAGUAUUGAAACGAGUUACGCCUUUGCUGAUGCCAAAAGAAAGUUGCGACUAGUAUUGAGCAUUGCAGACUUCUCCAUGUCUCCAUACUUACCAGAGUUUGGGGCUCCAACAGGAACAGAUUCCAGCUUAGAUAAUGAUGUGGUGACAUGGUUACGGUGUCAGUUGGCUGAAGCAACUAACCUUCACGACCGUUCCCUCGUGGCUCAGUUACAUGAAACCUUGCGCUGUGUUCAACUCUUUGAUUCUCAGGGUCGUGAACAUCUCGUUAGAAGUUUGGUUGAGGACUAUAGGAGCAGAUCUCCUUAUGUUGCUUAUCUUGUCCGUAGUAGACAAGGCUUACUUACAACUAUUGCACACCUAGAAAAACUUUUAUCAAGAAUAAAUGCUGAUGGGGCCGUUGUGAUGUCAUCCAUUGUUGGGGUUUGUGUUCGAAUGUUCCUUGAGCGGCGAGAACAGAACCUCAGUCGCUUCACUCAUGACUUCACUGUGCUCACUGUUCCCGAUGAGAAAGUACAACUUGUGGAAAAUUUCUUGACUCAACUUUUUUCCGAGCUUGAACGGGAUCCAAUGUGGAUAAGUAGCACAAAUGAACAGUUGCAUGCAGCUCAGUUAGCACUGGAGCGGGUAGUAAUGUCCCACAUCUACAUCCAUGCUCUCUAUCCCAAUGGUGAUGGAGAUGUAUCUAGGGACCAGGUGUUACACGAGCACAUGAAGAAACUAGCAGCUGUGAUCACUCCAACCCAUAAGGAUCUCAGGAUACCUAAGCUGUACCAGUAUGAGUGUCCUUGGCCAAGUGCUCAGGCUGAGAUUGUGUGCAUCAGUGCAUACAAGACACCGGGUGAUAAAUUGCAGUGUGUUGUGAGAGCCUCUCAAACCAUUAUGAAUCUGCUUUCCCUUGCACAUGACCAAUCAGUUCCUGCAGCAGAUGACUUCAUGCCUGUCCUAGUCUAUGUGCUCAUUAAGGCCAACCCGCCAGCACUUCUCUCCACGGUGCAAUACGUGAAUCUCUUCUUUGAGAAGAGGCUCAAGGGAGAGGACCAGUACUGGUGGACUCAGUUUUGUGCAGCUAUCGAAUUCAUCAAGACUAUGGACUAUAUGCUAUGACAAGCUGAUUAUAUGUCCGUGCUGGGACAUUGUAUGUGCCAUUAUUGACAUCAAUUUUGGGCUAAAGUCUAUAUACAAUGGGGGUCAGGUGAUGUGCAUAAAUUAUUUUUUAUUUAAACCAUGAUAGCUCAUUUUUAAAGGCUGUGUGAGGAUAGCCGAUGAGAUGCUGCACAAAUCUCGGUAGUUCUCAAAAAAUUGAAUGAGAAUUUGGUUGUGUCAAAUAAUAAAUAAUUCAACAUUGAUCAAUAUCUUUCUCAUCAUGCAACAUGUGUGAAUGUGAAUGAGUGCAUGUCUGUAAAGCAAACCAAACAUUUGAAUGUGUUCUCUUUUCUAAGAGAGUUAAUUUAUGUUGCAUUUGUUGGAUGUCUUUGGCAAAUUGAUUUGAUAAUAAUUUGAAGAAUAUUGUUACCAUAAAAAAUUGCACAUUAGUCGAUCAAGUCUGUAUGCUAUGAAUGGGGCAAGAUUUGAUGAUGAUAAUGAUGUUGAAUUAGAGCAGUUUUCUAUAUAUAUUUAUACUGUAUUAUAGUUUUGAAUCAUAUUUAAAUAGUUUUGCUAUAGACAUGAUGUCCUUCACUUACAGAACUCUUAUAAAAUCAUUCAUAUAUAUCUGGUAAUGUUCUCUCUCCUACUGUACAUCAAGACAGCUUUUACUGAAUCUCUUCCUGACUUAAUGGUUCUGCAGUUCAUGUUAGUUUCUAUCUUCCUUGCUGGUCCAUAUUACUGGUUAAUACAGUAUAGGGGCAGUAGUAGAAUACUGUUAAAGCUUUCGACUCCCAGCCCAAGAGGUGUAGGUGCAACUAGGCAGGGAGCACUAUUGCUGGGACAUGUCAUGAACUAGCAACUCCAUGGGGUUGAGGAACCAUGCUAAAUUAUCCUUUUGUCCCGGGUGGUUUGCCACGUUGUAAACAUUUGAGAGACGGCAUAUGCGUAAGUGAACGUUAAUAUUUUAAAGGUAGUAAUAACUAAGUCAUCUACAAGUUGAAAUGGUUGUGCACUGCUGAUGGUUGUAGAAAUAAUGUGUAGAGAUUUCUUUAAGGUCUAUCUGACUUGUAGAGGAUUUAUAUAAUAUCACUAACCUUAUAUUUGUCUGUGUUUUAAGUAGCUUGAUCAGGAAUCUGAUCAUGUAGGAAUCUGCAAAUAUUUUUAGAGGAAUUGUACUUGUGCUGUAUAAUUUGAAUGUACGAGAGUCGUGUCCUAUCCUUUGUGCAUGGCUUAAUGGUAAUUACCGACACUGACAGUUUAACUAAAUAAGGGUGUUCAUGUUUUAACCCCUAAAAUAUUGAGAGCUCUUGUGCACAUGGUUAUUGUACAAUGUUAUUUUUUUAUCACUUCUAUAAUAUGACAAAAAUGCUCAUAAGAGGACCAGUGUACUAUUUCUGUGGCUGUCAAGCAUUUAUUUUUGUAGUGCUGAUCACCAAAGAUGAAAACUUUUAACAGCUCAUCAAAAAAAAAAAAAGUUUCCUCAUGGCCAUUUUCUAUGUGGUACACUUAGCUCGGACAUUAUUAUUCAAUAUAAUGACACUAAUUUUGUUAAUAAUUCACAUCAUUUAUAUUUUCAGUUAGUAUAUAUUUCUUUUUCAUUUUGGGGUGAAUUUAGUUUUGUAAUCUGAAAUGAUAUACAGUACUGUAUGGUAGAAUAAUACUGGUCUCUUGUGAAGUUAAUUCAAAAUUAUCAGACAAGAUUGUCUGUUGUUUUCAUGUAACGCAUAGUGACCUUGCAGGUGCUGACGCCUUCAUUGUGCAUGCUCGUCUAUUAUCUGAAAACUGUUCUUCCAAAGAAGCUUGAGUUGCAUCUACUCAUUAACUGUAUAAUAAUAUCCAUAUCAAACCAAAAAAUUUCAAUACUUUCUGUGCCUCGUCUUUAUCAAAUAUAUUGAUCACCACUGUAGACAUUUUGAAUGUGAUAAUGAUUCUCACAGUACAGAAAAUUUAGUAUUAGGAGCUAUAUUCUAUAAUGAUUCCCACACAAUAGUACUGUAAUUAUAGAGUUCUAUAGUAGUAUGAUUCUAACAAAGCUAUAAUUAUAGUGUGUUAGGAGUGUCAUUGUAGAAGCUGCAUGUGUUGCAAAUAAUGCCUGAUGUAAGAAUUUGGUAAUUGUUCUUGCAUCGUUAGAUUUGUUCAUUUCAUAAUAACCUCAUAUAUUAACACAAAUAUUUCCGAGGGCAUCCAAGAUGUACCUUUUCAAAUGUUCAAUAUGUAGCAGAGCUAUUACUUCACUUUUUAACAUAAAAAUGUUAAGUAUGCUGUACUAAAAUGAAUGAAGAAAACCAAAGCGCAGUUUGGGUGUUGGUGGAAGGGCUUGCUAUAAUCUUCCUUUAGGAAUGGUCUAUGUAUUGUUUGUGAUGCUGCUCAAGUCUCAUUCACACUUUCCUUAACAAUUUGGGGCCAUAAUUUGGAAGGCCUUAAGAAUUUUAUUUUGUGUAUAUUUUAGGUAAAUCUAAACCUAAAUGAAAUCAGUAUUGCCUUAGAGUAAAUAUUUUAUCAAGGCUCGUAAUCCAAAGAAACUGCAAUGUAUGUAGGUUAUAGUAAGGCAGGAUGUAGCUGUGCAGUUUCAUAAGGUAGACUUAAGUUUUCGUAUUUAUUUAUAACUAAACGUAGCCAAGCAUGCAAGAUUUCUUGUGGGUAAUUUGAAAAAAUAAAAAAUAAAAAAUCUCAAAUAUUACUUAAGUAGCAUGAAUUGGGCAUUUUGUUUUAUAUAUGUAUUGUGGAACAUUUUAGUUAUUUACUUCCCUUCGUGUUAAGAUAAAUUACUUGGAGCAGGGUUAUAAUUAGGUAGAACAUAAGUAUAGGACCUCAGAUAAUUGCUUUAUUUUGUUGUAAUUAUUGUAAUUACCUAAACAGUUCACAGCUCUUUUCGGUGUGAACUAGAAAUAUUUAAAACUGCAGCCCUAAGUUAACUAGAGUAAUUAAAAAAGUAUUAUAAAAUACUUUUAUCUGGUUGCCACUUACACAAAAAUAUUGUCAAGUUAUUAUUGCCUGGAACAUUUCUCUGGUGGCUACUUAAAUGUUGUAAUUUAUUGUUAAAUUAAAUAAUAUUUUCAUUCCAUUCUGGGUGCUAUUAUUGAUUGUUUUUAUUGAGUGACCCUAUCUUAGGUGCCAUAAAAUGAAAUAUUAAGAUCAUUAAUGUAUUUGCAAGAUGGUUUACCAGUACAGUUAGAAGGAAAAUAUUUUUAAGUAAAGGUAUAUUACAUACAUUAUUACCCCAUGAGAAUGUCCUGGGGAAUUUUACCUUAUUUGCACAGUUGUAAGCUGCCCCUAAUUCUAAGUCACAGUAAAUUUUGCACAUAAGGCACUGUACUUUUACAUUCCAAGGUGAACCACCACUUUCAGAUCCCACAUCAGAAUUAUAUUCCCCUUGAAAAGUACGCUUAAUAUAAAAGAUCUAUAUUAUGCUGCGAA